AUGUCGGAGGCAACCCUCAAGCCCGAGAAGGACUUCUCCAAGGAAGUUGAUCAGCAGCUUCCAGAGGCCGAGACUCUAGCCAAGACCAACCUUCAGGGCGCAAUCGAGAAGCUUGCCGCUCUUGAGAAGCAAACCCGUCAAGCUUCGGAUCUUGCCUCGACAUCACGGGUCCUUGUGGCAAUUGUCACACUAUGCAAAAAUGCCAACGACUGGAGCUUAAUGAACGACCAAACGCUGGUCCUGUCGAAGAAGCACAGCCAGCUCAAGCAAGCCAUUACCAAGAUGGUCCAGACCGUUGUCGGCUUCCUCGAUGAAACUCCCGACAUCAAGACCAAGCUGUCCGUUAUCGAAACGCUGCGAACGGUUACCGAGGGAAAGAUCUUUGUUGAGGUUGAGCGCGCUCGUGUCACCAAGAUCCUCUCCGACAUCAAGAAGCAGCAGGGCGAUAUCAAGGCCGCCGCAGAGAUUCUAUGCGAGCUUCAGGUGGAGACCUUUGGUUCCAUGGACCGACGAGAGAAGACCGAGUUCAUCCUAGCACAAGUCGCACUUUGCAUUGAGAACAAUGACUGGACACAGGCGGCCAUUCUGGCUCGAAAGAUUAGCACAAGAUACCUGUCGCGAAAGCCCAAGAAGACGGCUGAGCAGCUAGAGAAAGAGCAAAAGGAACGUGAGAAGAAGAAGGCUCGUGGAGAAGAAGUUCCAGAGGAGAAGGAGGACGACACAACAGACCUGAAGCUGCGCUACUACGAGCAGCAGAUCACAUUGGCGAAGCACGAGGACAAGUACUUGGACGCAUGCAAGCACUAUCGCCAGGUUCUCGACACAGAGGCUGUCGAAGAAGACCCUGCAAAGCUCCAUCCUGUCUUGCAACGCAUCAUUUACUUUGUAAUCCUCGCUCCCUACGACAACGAACAACACGAUCUCCUCCAACGCAUACAACGAGACUCUCGAAACACACAGGUUCCUCUCGAUGCCGAGCUCCUCCGGCUUUUCACAGUUCACGAGUUAAUGCGGUGGCCGGAAAUCGCCAAGAAAUUCGGCCCGCACCUGUGCAGCACCGAUGUUUUCGACGCCCAGCCCGGACAGUCUGCAGAUGAAAAGGCUAACCAGAGAUGGGAGGACUUGCGAAAGCGUGUUAUUGAGCACAAUGUCAGGGUCAUCGCUAAAUACUACACCCGCAUCCAGAUGAGCCGCCUGACCGAGCUUCUCGACCUUGCGGAAGAUGAGACGGAGAAGUACAUUAGCGAACUAGUCACAUCCAAGACUGUGUAUGCGAAGAUUGAUCGACCAGCCCGGAUUGUCAGCUUCGCCAAGCCGAGAGAUGCAGAUGAUGUCUUGAAUGAGUGGAGCCACAACAUGAAGAGCCUACUGGGGCAUUUGGAAAGAAUCGACCACCUUAUCACGAAGGAGGAGAUGAUGGCACGUAUCCAGCCAACAGGAUCUAAAUAG